AGUCGGCCUCCGGCUGAGGCAACGGGGGAGGCCCGAGGGCGGGCGGUGGAGCGCGGCGCGAGGCGGCGGUGCCCCAAGUGGGUGCCUCCUCCCGGCCUCGCACGGCCCCCCUCCCGGCGCGGGGGCAGGCCGGGGCGGGGGGCCCGGGGGCCGGCGCGGCUCCGGCACCGUCGGGGCGGCUGGGGGGCGGCCGGGGCGGGGCGAUGCCGGGCGGUGGCAGUGGCGGCGGCCCCGGCCGGGGCCCGUGACCAUGGGCAUCGCCGAGUCCACGCCGGAUGAGCUGCCGUCGGACGCAGAGGAGCAGCUGCGCAGCGGCGACCAGCAGCUGGAGCUGAGCGGGCGGCGGUUGCGGCGGCUGCCCAGCGCAGUGUGCGCCCUGAGCCGCCUGCAGAAGCUGUAUGUGAGCGGCACGGGGCUGCGCGAGCUGCCGGAGGAGAUCGAGGAGCUGCGCGAGCUGCGCAUCCUGGCGCUGGACUUCAACAAGCUCGAGCGCCUGCCUGACGGCCUGUGCCGCCUGCCGCGCCUCACGCGCCUCUACCUGGGCGGCAACCGGCUGCUGGCGCUGCCCGCCGACUUCGCGCAGUUGCAGAGCCUGCGCUGCCUCUGGAUCGAGGGAAACUUCUUGCGGCGCUUCCCGCGGCCGCUGCUGCGCCUGGUGGCGCUGCAGUCGCUCCAGAUGGGCGACAACCGGCUGCGCGCGCUGCCGGCCGAGCUGCCGCGCAUGACGGGCUUGCGCGGCCUCUGGCUCUACGGCAACCGCUUCGAGGAGUUCCCGCCCGCGCUGCUGCGCAUGGGCCGCCUGCACAUCCUCGACCUCGACCGCAACCGCCUGGGCGGCUUCCCCGACCUGCACCCGCUGCGCGCGCUACGCGUCUUCUCCUAUGACCACAACCCCGUCACCGGGCCCCCGCGCGUCGCGGACACCGUGUUCCUCGUGGGCGAGGGCGCCGUCGAGCGCAUGGCGGAGCGCGACGAGCCCACGCCCCGGCCUCCGCCCCGGCGCCCAGCGCGGGCCUUUGAGGAUGAGGAGGAGGAAGACCUGCUUAUAGGUGGCGCUGGUUCCCGGGCUCUGGGCGCCCCCGGGGGCAGCCUCCGCGCCCUGGAAGCCACUCCAGGACUGGGCACCUGAGCCUAUGUUCUGGCUGAUGGGCUUCAGCCACUCUGAGAGGAGGGGCUCUAGGAAGCUUUGGCUGGUUGGACCUGCGGGACCGGUGGGCCCCUGCUUAGGUCAAUGGAGCGGCCACUUUUGGCGAGUUGCCGGGCACAGGCAGGGCUGGGGCUCAUCUUCAGACACUCCUAGGUAGUGAGAGGACUGACUAUACCCUGGCUGAUCUGUGGGCAAUUGUCAGACCAAGAAGUCUGGGCUGGGUCCAGUCCCCGAUGGAGCCACUGAUAACAGAGGCACCAGCUUCCUCCUGGAACUAGGGUCACUGGGGACCACAGAAUUGUCACGUCUCCCUGAGUCUGGAUGCAGGGCGCCCAACACCCUCCCUCUUUCUGGGGUUUGGGUCUCCUAGGCCCACCCUUUCUAGGACAGGAGUCGCUACCUCUGGGGUGGACUGCGUGCCUGUGUGGGGCCGGACUGCCCUUGCGAGGAGGGCCUGGCCCAGGAGCAGGGGCUUGGAGUGGGGCUGGUGCCAGGGACGGAAGUGGGAAACAGAUGGGGGCCCCAACACCGAAGCUGCCCUCACCACUCCACCAGGGCUGAUCGUACAUACCUCCCUCCUCGGCCCCCUGAGAUUGGUAUGGGGCACAGAAGGCAGGGGGUCACCCCCACCCUAUUCUGUUCUCUUCUCCCAGCCUCCCAGCAUGUGCCUGGAAUCUUGCUGGGAAGAGAGACUCCCCCUCCACUCCCCACCCCAUAGCCUGAGCCUUCCAGCUGUCAAGUUUGAAAAGAAGCCACCGUGCCUCCAGGGCCUCCUGCACCGCAGAGAGGGGCUCUCUGCUCUGGGAGGCUGCUCAGCGCCUCUCCCACGGCCUGCACUCUCCUUUCCCUUAAAUGGGCACAGCCAGGGUGGCUGGCACGGGACUGGCACUCUGUACCUCCACUCCGUCACCAGGGACAGCCCCGAGGGGGUGAGGAGAGGGGCCUUGCUCUGCGAUUCCCAGAGCCAGAUCUUCCUCAUCCAAGCAAUAACGGGACGAGGGAGCCAGGGCCAAGGACACUCAGGGACACUGUUGGGGCAGGGGCCCCACAUGGUAACGUUUUCUUUAGGGAGAAGAAAAAACAACUGGCUGUAAACGUAAAUUAUAUUUCUUGGAGAAAGAAUGUGCAUUUCCCAUGUGCCUGUUUAUUUAUAAUCCCUGGGAGCACCGGAACCCACUGCUGUGGGGACCCUGGGCUCCCUCUGGCACUGCCCCCGCCCAACGUGCCCCCCCACCCCCCGCUCCAUAUCAGACCGACCCUGCCAACUGUUGUGUGCUGUCUGUCUGGGGAACAAGUGCUGUCGUCAGGGGUGGCUUUUGCCCUUCGAAGCUGCUCUCCUGUCUUGCGGAAUCCCACAGCUUAAUUCUGCAGAAGAUUUUGUAUGUUUUUGAGUCACCCUCAAGCUGGGCUGAUCGUUCCCUACUCUUUGACUGGCACUGCCCCUCCACCCCUCCAUGACUCUAGACUUGCCUCCCUCCAUCUCUCUCGCUCUAUUUUCCUCUUUCUGUCUCUCCUUAGUCUCUUUUUGCUCAGUUUUGGCAUUUCUUUCUCCUCUUGUUGUUCAGGAAAA